AUGGUGCUGGGCGAUUAUCUGUAUAUUGAAGGCGGCGAGCAGUCUCACUAUCUCGAUUCAGGGAAAAAGGGCUCCGACAACAACGGGAACGAAUUCAACACCGAUGCCGGGGCAGUAAACCAGCGCUGGGCUCCGCAAGAUGUUCAAUUCGAUACGAUCUCGCACGAAGCUUCGGACAUGAAGAUGGUGAACUUCCCGAGUUUCUGGGCGAUCGGGAGCACACUCUACAGAUGGGGCGGCCAGUUGAGUAAUGGACUGCAGUAUGCUGAAGGGGACAAACCCUACCUCUUUAGCGUUUUGCCUGGUUCUGGCGGUGGCAGCGGCCUUACAUGGACCAAGAGACCGAUCCCAGAUUCAAACCAGCUGGCGGGCGCAAAUAUGGCCUCGGCAUCUUGCGACGAUACUGGAUUUAUGUACGGUGGCUACGCCUAUAAAUCCACCAUGUAUGCUGAAUUUGAUGACACUCGACAUAUAUCUGGCAUGCUCAUGUACAAUACGACUAUGCAGGCCUGGAAAAACUCGACAACGGAGGUAAGCAUUCCUGGAAGGACUCACAGUGCAGGCAAAGCGGUGUGUCUUCCUGGGUUUCUCAACCUCUCUAUGGUUGCCACUAUGGGAGGCGCGGAUCUCGAGACAUCUCAGUACCGAGAGUUCACGAACUUUACGUUCUAUGACCCAAAAUUGGACCGCUGGUACUAUCAGAAGACAAUUAACCCUCCUUCUCCAAUGGACGACUUUUGCGCCGUCGGUAUUCAAAGCACCCACGGAACUUUUAAGGAAGUAGGAGAGGAUGAGGACUAA